AUGCCAUCUUCGUAUUUUGAUAACCUUCCUGUCGAAUUACUGCAAGCGAUUGUAUGUCUGUUGGGUUCCCGAGAGCUGUGCAUGUUCCGGUUGUCCUGCAAAAGGAUAUAUGAGAGCACUCGACGCCAUUGUGCCCGUGCCUUCUUCCAAGAGCAACACACAGAGCUCUCCUUAACCAAACUUGAAAAGUUGAGAGUCAUCUCAAACGACCCGGAACUAGCACUGCCUGUCCACACUCUGGUGGUUAGGGUUCGCCCAGGCACACUGCUUGGGGAAGGCCUGCUAUGGAAUCGACAUUCCUUCGGUUAUCUAUUACCACGAGAAGGCAUUCAACAGUGGACCGAUGUUCUGCGCCGCCUAGUGAAUUGCACGACCUUUAACCUAAUUUGCGACGGCUGGUCCGAUAAAAACGAAGGUUUAGACCACCUCGCACCUACCGAUGCCAUAACGGUGAUUCUGAAUACCAUCACAGAGGCUGGUAUCCCCGUACGGGGAUUCUUGGUGGACUUUAAACCUGCAAACUCAGCAGGUGCCAAUGAACUAGAUGUGAGACGCAUUAAUACGCCCGAUCUUCAGGAGCCAGGGUUCAUCACUGCUUGGGCCAACUUGCAAGCUCUCCAACUGAAUUUCACAAUGAACUCGACUAUGAUCACCGACUGGGUCGACUCGUUAGUGCGGCACGUAAACAGUCUCUGCAAAUUGACAAUCCAAUUCGAUCUCUGGUUAGAAGCGGAAGCAAUCAUCGAGCGCCUCUCAUCUAUCGAUGCCCCUUCGCGGCUGCAAGAACUCCCUUUACAAUCCGCGGCAGAAAUAAACGGAGAGAGACUAAGCGAUCUGCUGUGCCGCUAUCGCGAUAGUAUUCGUGUCCUUAACAUGCAAUUUAUACUAUUAAGUGGCCUGGAUGGAAAUCGAUAUUUCGAAUGCUAG